ACAGGUUCCUUAGCAACAUUGGAAACAUUGCCCGUGCAGGACCAAGACAACCGCACAAAAGCUGGUUGUGUCAAGUUUCUUCGUCGCAGCCAAUCGUAGCCAUCCGUGACCUGUGUCUCCAGCAUGUCGACCGCUGCUACACUGCCCGGUCCGGUCAGCCGGUCAAACACGGAGGAGAUUUCUGUCAGCAAUUACUGUCAGGUUCCCUUCAGUGCUCAUAGUGCCCGCACUUUGAUCAAAAGUAGCCCACGCUUCGGAACCAUGAGUCACCAUUCGUUCUUCUCCAGGCACAACCCGCACCCUAAUCGGGUCACACAUAUCCAAGGGCUUAACGGGAAUCUGGUGUGCACGGUGAGAGAUGACUGGGGUGUCACCACGUCAUUGUUCCCUCAUCCACUCAUCAAAAGCCAAACUGGUUUCAGGGCCUGCCCUCUGCCGCUGGGUCCCCUAAGUCCAUACGGGAGUUUUAGUCAUCAGAAAAAAACAGGACUUUUGCCGGAGGCCUGGAGGGAGGAGCUUAAAGAACUGGCUGUGAAGGUCAAUCUGGCCUCUAGAGCAAAGAACACAUUGAAGCCACCGAUGGACGAACCGGCCCGCAGAAAGACCCAGUACUCGGCUCGGACCGGGAGGAUAAUCCCUCCCUCCGCCCAGGCCUACCAGCGCAGGACCUCCACCCAGAGACAGGCUCACCAUGCUCAGCCGCUCUACCACCAAGAGCUGCUGGUGCUGGAGGUGCUGAGUCAGAUCCUGCAGACGGACUCCUUAUCUCAGGUCCAGAGGUGGCUUCUGCUGGCGGGCCAGAGAGAGAAGGACCUAGUGAUGGGCAUGAUCCAGCAGGCCAUGGUAGACCUCAAAGCCUUGGGCCACCAUGGGGACAUUGAACACUUCGAGCCGCUACAUCCCUGCUCCACCACACUGUCUACACAGGGUUCUUUAUCAGACCAGGCCCACAGGAAGCAACAGGGAUCAAGCUUGAGCCAUGCCAAGCGUUCCUCCACUGAGGACCGACCAGAGAGGAUUGGAGAAGCAGAGGUCCUUGAGAUCCACCAUGAAGAGGAAUAACAGUAUAGUAUGUUUACAUCGAAAUGUUGUGUUCUGAAUAUAUAUAUUUUAUAUAAGAACAUAUAAGUUUGUUUUUCUUACAUUUCUCAAAGAGGGAGUAAAAGUAACUAUUCUUUCUAUGGAAUAAUGUAACAAGGCUAUUAUGGCCUGUGCUAUGUCACAACAUAAAUGCAGUGUAUGACAAAGAAAGCAAUACAAUUGCGACAUAAGGAUGAAACCAGCUCAAUGCUCUUGAAUGCAAUCUACACACAUGUAUUGUGUAUGACAUAAAAUACUGUAUAAUAAAAUAAUGUAACAUGA